AUGGCGGGUCCGGGAGCUCCGUCGCGGCCUCCCCCAAGCGGCGCCUCACCGGCCGGCCUGUCGCGGCGCUCGCCUCACGCAGGGGCCCGCGCCCGGCCACAUCGCCUCCCGGGGACUUGCCGGGUUCCGCUCCGCUCCCCCGCGCCGCCGCCUCGACCGCUGCACCCGCAGGAGCCCACCGACCACGGCCGCCGCCUCCGGUUCCGCGGGUUCCGCGAGGAGCGGUGCAGGGAGCGGGAGGCGCAGCGAUCCGAGCGGAGGGAGCGGCGUGGGGGCAGCGAGCACGGCGCGCGCGCCCGUCGCCGCCGCCGGAGCCUCGGGGCGCGUGCGCGCGGCGGGGGCGGGGCGCACAACCUCUGGAUAACAGUCCCUGAGAGAGGAGAAGGGUAUGGAGAACAGAAGCAAGGAAAACUAAAAGGAGCCGGAGACCACUCAGAAGGUGGAAUGUUGAGUGAGUGAGGCUCUGGCAUCUCUCACGUCUCCUGCUUCUCCGAGGUCACCAAGGCCGACCGGAGCCACCUCUUGCCAGAAAGGAGAGAUGAGCUUCUGAGCGCUCAGUUCACAGGAGGCGCCCUCUCCCCCCCCCCCCCCCCCCCCCCCCCCCCCAAAUUGGCAAGCCUGGGCCUGGGCUGGCCAUCCCAGGGUCACUGGACUAGGAUGGGGGAUGGGCCUGUGCAGGAGGUGCCCUGGGUGUCCUCUUUCGGCCCCAUGGAGUCCUCUCCCAUCCCCCAGUCAUCAGGGAACUCUUCCACUCUGGGGAGGGUCCCUCAAACCCCAGGUCCCUCUACGGCCAGUGGGGUCCCAGAGGUGGGGCUGCGGGACGUGGCCUCGGAAUCUGUGGCUCUCUUCUUCAUGCUCCUGCUGGACUUGAUCGCUGUGGCUGGCAAUGCCGCUGUGAUGGCUGUUAUCGCCAAGACACCCGCCCUCCGAAAAUUUGUCUUCGUCUUCCACCUCUGCCUGGUGGACCUGCUGGCCGCCCUGACCCUCAUGCCCCUGGCCAUGCUCUCCAGCUCUGCCCUCUUUGACCAUGACCUCUUUGGGGAGGUCGCCUGCCGCCUCUACUUGUUCCUGAGCAUAUGCUUUGUUAGCCUGGCCAUUCUCUCGGUGUCGGCCAUCAAUGUGGAGCGCUACUAUUACGUUGUCCACCCCAUGCGCUACGAGGUGCGCAUGACGCUGGGGCUGGUGGCCUCUGUUUUGGUGGGCGUGUGGGUGAAAGCCUUGGCCAUGGCUUCUGUGCCAGUGUUGGGAAGGGUCUCCCGGGAGGAGGGAGCUCCCAGCAUCCCCCCAGGCUGCUCACUCCAAUGGAGCCGCAGUGCCUACUGUCAGCUUUUUGUGGUGGUCUUUGCUGUCCUUUACUUCUUGCUGCCUCUACUCCUCAUCCUUGUGGUCUACUGCAGCAUGUUCCGAGUAGCCCGAGUGGCUGCCAUGCAGCACGGACCGCUGCCCACCUGGAUGGAGACACCCCGGCAACGCUCUGAGUCUCUCAGCAGCCGCUCCACUAUGGUCACCAGCUCGGGGGCCCCCCAGACCACCCCGCACCGGACGUUCGGAGGAGGGAAGGCUGCAGUGGUCCUCCUGGCCGUGGGGGGACAGUUCCUGCUCUGUUGGUUGCCCUACUUUUCUUUCCACCUCUACGUUGCCCUGAGUGCUCAGCCCAUUUCGACUGGGCAGGUGGAGAACGUGGUGACCUGGAUUGGCUACUUCUGCUUCACUUCCAACCCGUUCUUUUAUGGAUGUCUCAACCGGCAGAUCCGGGGGGAGCUCAGCAAGCAGUUUGUCUGCUUCUUCAAGCCGGCUCCAGAGGAGGAGCUGAGGCUACCUAGCCGGGAGGGCUCCAUUGAGGAGAACUUUCUGCAGUUCCUUCAGGGUACAGGCUGUCCCACAGAGUCCUGGGUAUCCCGACCCCUCCCCAGCCCCAAGCAGGAGACACCUGCUGUGGACUUUCGAAUUCCAGGCCAGAUAGCUGAAGAGACCUCUGAGUUCCUGGAGCAACAACUCACCAGCGACAUCAUCAUGUCGGACAGCUACCUCCGUCCCGCCCCUUCACCUCGACUGGAAUCAUGA